AUGAUCGAGUCAGCUAGACGAUUCUGCAUAGAAAUUCUCGAAGCUGUCCUGCACUUGACACUAGCGAUGACGGAUCCGAUCGGCGUGAUAUUGGCGCAAAAGUUGCAGAACAGUAUCCUGUUGAACAGACUCGCCAAGUUCACAGGAAUAUCAAGGAAGGAGUUACAAAGGCCGAAGCGCCCAUCAGUGGCGAUACCCAGUGUCGAAAGCCCAGCAGCACAAACCAAGCCAUCAGCUGAGUCUCUGUUUCGGACCCCAACAUCGCCCGAAGGAAAGGAAUAUGGGUUCGGCAACGAGUUCGAGGCCGACGGCAAUGAGCCUGCAAGAGAAUACCAGGACCCGCAGUCCUUGCGGGAUGAGAAAUAUUGCGUGUUCGAUGGAGAAGCAGAAGACGACUACACUCAAGGUCCUGCACGUUUGGUCAUGGCCUUUGAUGGCGUGCAGGACUGUCCAGCGCUGCUUAUGAGAAUGGAUCUCUCUCAGCUCAUCCAACAUGCAGCAUAUACACGCAGGUUGCUUGGGAAGAAGCGACAUUUUGCCGAGCGCCAGGGCGAUGAGAUCGAUGAGUUUGAGUACACCGUCAGAGACGAGAUCUCGAGCCACAAGAUUCGUCUCGCUGAAUUGACAGAGGUCUUCCCUGGAGAAGAACCAAAAGAAACAGAUCCUGAAGUGUUGGCCUCGAUUCAGCGGCAGAUUGAUGUACUAGAAGGUGUAUUGGAGCGCAUGUCGGCGAAGAAGGCGAGACUCCAUGAUGGGAUCCGCGGGCUAGAGAUGUCGCUGGCAGAGACGCAAGACGACAUCUUGUCCUUUCUCGCAGAAGCUCUCCAAGAUGCCACCUUGAUUCCAGAGCAGGACGAGGAAGAGGACCUCUCUGUCGAACAGUUCGAUCUGCAAGCUGAAUACCAGGCCACAGCCAAAGAGAUGUCUGACGACCAGGAUCCGGAUGCUCCACCAGAGCCCCUGGAGACCGGUGACGGUUUCUUACGACCGAAUCUUCCAACGCCAACACAUGAGGAGCAAGCCAUCGCAGCACAUCGAGAUGCGGUACGAGAAGCAAGAGAAUUCUUGAAUACGGCCCAGGCACAGUUCAAUCGCAAGGAGUACGACCAGGAGUGCGACAAGAACGAGAAUCUAGCGGCAUAUACCACCUGGACAGAGUUUGAUAACCACUGGGUGCAGCGGUAUCGAGAGAUCACCAACGAGCUUGUUGAGGCUGAGGAAGCGUACAAGCAAGCGAAAGCAAGCGCAAUCGAAGCCGGUAUACCGAAAGAGAACGUACUAUCGGAGUAUGACCCUCGUCCAGAUCACGACGGGUAUCCUCUAAGCGAAGACGUGGGCCAAGACCGCGUGGACGCCAGGAGAUAUAUCGUGGACGACUGGAUGGAGAAGGUACCAGAUGAUGCAGAGCCAGAUUUCCAAGAUGAAGUUGACGUUGACGACUGGGAUGGCGAGGAGAUCGACAUCAGCGACAGCAUCAGCUGUGUCGACAGGUACAUGUAUCGCGCGCAGAUAGACGAAUGGCGGCAGCAGGCUCUGUCAACACGGUAG